UAAUUUGUGCCGAUUGUAGUGCGAUUUCAAGUGAAAAACGCGUUCACUAAUACCACAACAACAACAAAACAUAUACGAGUAUAAUAUAUAUAAAUUGUGAAGAAAAAGUAAACGUAAUCUCCAACCUACAAACAAACAUUUCCAGCGCCUAGUACAACAAUGAUUGACAGUUUCUGAUAUUUAGUGUUCUGUUUCGCUCUGAUUUUUUUGUUUAUCGCUCCAAAAACUAGCUGAACGACUGACUCAUUGUCAUCUGUGAUUAUUAUUAUUAUUUUUGUUUUUUGUUUUUAUUUUCAUAAAAAUGCUCGAAGCUGAUACAAAUGGUGAUAGUUCAGUUGUAGUUGCCUCAAUUACAGUCAGUCGCCAUUCUGAAUGCCAAUUGGAAUGCGGGCGAACGAAAGCUGUUGCAUGUUGCAUAAUACAAAUGGGACUCAUUAGCGGAAUAUUGCGACACACACACUCGUCCUAGGUAGUUUGUCUCAAUCAGGUAGCUGUGCAGAAAGAAAUUUCGGAAGGAUUUGUUGCUAUUAAGUAAUGAUGCAGCAUGCGAGCGUUUUGUACUGUCAGCGCGCCAUUAGAAGUAUGCGCGUCAUCGGCCGACCAACUGUCACCAGGAACACGCUUUUUAGCCCUGAGACUUUUAGGCAAUCAGCAGCCCAAAACUUUAUACUUCCUAGUCGAUGCAAAGAGUCGAGUGAGAGAAGUGUAUACACAAACAUGCCUACAUUUUGCAGCACAAGGAAUGCUCGAUACAGAAUUGUUCGGUUUGGCGGUGCUCAUCGAUGGCGAAUACAUGUUUGCGGAUCCGGAGAGCAAACUCUCAAAAUACGGCCCAAAAAGUUGGCGUUCCUCCCACACGCACGGCCUCGAUGCGAACGGACGUCCGCUUCUGGAAUUACACUUCCGUGUACAAUUCUACAUCGAGAGUCCGUUUAUAUUGAGAGAUGAGAUAUCCCGCCACAACUAUUAUCUCCAAUUGAAACACAAUGCACUACAACGGGAAUUGCCUAAAGAAUAUUCGGAACAGUCGAUGAUUUUGCUCGCGGGCUUGGCACUACAAGCUGAUUUGGGUGAUGCGCCAGCUGCGGCGCAUGCUCAGACACAAUCAAUAAAUACAGCAGCAACAACAACAAGCACUCCUCCAAAGGGCACAACAUUAAAAUCGCUUUUAUCGGGAGAGAGCAGUUGCGGCGCUGGUGGUCUUACGGAGUGCGACCUCCCACGCCUGCUUUCCUCGCAUGUCACAAACUGCCCGACAGCCAAUACAAAUGACGUCUCAAAUUUACCAGCAAAAACUAAGGAAGCAACGGCAGCGAUUAACACUGAAGUAACACCACCGACAGCGGCAAUGAAACCUACUGACUCGACAACCACAACGUUGCCAAAGAUCACGAAACGUUUAGGCAGUGAAAGUGAUCGGGUGCUACGCUUGUCCAACUUUUUAAUAACAAGAAAUUCCACAUCCUCUGCCGCGACUACGCCCGCACUUAUAGAAAAGGCCAAGUCCAUAACGACAUCUGAUAAGGAAGCAGAGACGGAAAAAACGAAAUCUACAACAGCGCCGUUCUCUCAAUCUACGUCAAUUUUUCCAAUUAGCGGCAGCUUAAAGCGUAGUAUUGGGGCGGUGGCGGCCUCGUUUUCAGCUUCCUCCUCGCUAUCUUCGAUGAAUCGUAACAGCUCGUCGAACUCGCCUCCGACCACGGCCACCUCUUCAAGCACUUCACUCUCAGUGCUGGCUCAAACGCAGUCAUCAGCUAUGGACUAUUUCAACUGGAAUGAGUACCUCCCUAUGGAGUUGCGCAAUUCUUGGGCGUUGAAUGCUCUAAAAGCCUGCCACAGAGAAUACAAUGGCAUGUCAACCGCCGACGCUGAACUUCAUUACAUCCAACACGCCUGCAUGGUGCACGACUCGGUCAAUGCACAUAUUUAUAGGAUGCGUUCUUUAAAAACUGAAAGCGGUUUGGGCAGCACAUGGUUUGUGGUUUAUUCAAAGGGUAUUAAAAUUUUCAGUUCCAUUGAAACCCCACAACAGCAGACCACAUUCUUAUGGCCAAGCAUUACAAAGCUAUCGUUCGAACGGAAGAAGUUCGAAAUCCGCUCAGGUGAUUGUAAAAUACUUCUAUAUGCCACCUCGGAUGAGAAAAAUAAAAUGCUACUGACUUUAUGUCGUGAAACUCAUCAGUUCAGUAUGAAAAUCGCCGCAAGACUCAAGGAAGUCAUCAAGCGUGAGGAGGAAGAGAGCAAUUGCCUACAUGCUAGCUACAUUUAUUCGAGGAGCUUGCAUUUGCCGUAUAAAAAUAAGAGCGAUCAACGUAUAUCAGUCAUAUCGAGCACUAGCUCCAACACCACGUCUGGUAUUGUGAGUGAUCGCGUACACUCCGAGGACGAGGUUGAGAUAAUGAUAAACACGCCACCGGCACCAAUCGCUGCACCGUCUACUGAGAGUCUUGCAUUGGCACAUCUUUUAGACCAUCCAAGCGUUAGCAGACAAACCUCGUCGGUGGGACAAGUCUCUUUGAAAGAUCUGGAAGAGCACUUAGCAGCCCUAUCCGUACGUAAGAAGCAACACACAAGUUCGGUUAAUUCCGGCGAUGAAUCGUCGGUUGAGCGUUGUCACAAUUCAGCGGGCAAUUCUUCGAGCAGCAGUUCCAAUCAGGCAUCGCAGCGCGCAGCAGACUCUUCAACUGCGACUGAUUCGCCAAGCUCGCAACACAAUAUUGGAUCCCAGUGCUCCUCUACAUGCAGCACCGUAGUGGUCUUACCAAGCUCAAACUCCACUGCUAACACUCUCACCUCAUUGCAUUCCAUUAUCAACUCUACACCGAUGCAACGCCGAAAUUCUACAUCGAGUAGCCUUGAAUUGGGUUUUAGUCACACCGCUCAGAAUUCAAUUCUAAGUGAGGCCGAGUCAACAUGCAUUGAUCAUGAUUUUGCGUCCAGUCGUGACGAAAAUGAAAGCGUUUCAGGUGUCUACACUUUGGCUCAUGGUGCACCACCUACCGAAACUUCUGGGGUGUACACGAUGCACAGCAGUGAAAUGACCGGCGAAUCAUCGGAGAUUGCUGAGUCCGAAAAGAGCUCCCAUUACGGUAUUUUCCAGCCGUCAAAGGGUGAGACAGAUGUGAAUAGUUUACAUGAGAGUCACAGCAACUUGGACUCAGUCGACGGCGGAAGUUAUCAAGGCAAGCGCAUCAAAAACGAAGAGUUUCGUUUACGCUCGGACUCGAAUGUAAGUACCAGCGGCUCUUUCCGGGGCGAUGGCAGCGAUCCAACAGACAACAAGCAUAAUUUGCUUUCCGCUGAAGAGUUGACCGACCUAAUAGUUGGUCGUGGUACAUAUCCGAAUCGAAAGACGGUGUCAAGCACACUAGAUUCGGACUGCGAUUAUGUAACGUUGCCAUUGCCUAUUAAAGGCGAGUCAUACAUACAAGGCCACCAAGAUACAGCACCAACUGACGAUCAAGUUGAAGAUUUAAUCAACGAUUUAAUACCGACGGAUCCACCAGCGCCCCCUCAACGCAUCGACAGCAAUAGCAUGAAACAUGCAACAAAUCUAGUGAGCCUCAGCAACAUACCAAUGCGUUCGCCGCCGCCAUACCAUGCACGUCAUGAAAAAACUGGGCUCUGUGGACCACCUGUGUGCCCACCGUUAGCACAAAAGCCAACAACUAAUACUACAAGCUUAAAAAAUCCUACAACUUUUUCCCAAGUGCCAUCGCCAACUAUUCAAACUGAGGUGAAGACACAGUGUACAGUGGGUGCAGCAGUGCCGCGUGCACUACUUCCAACAGCGCCUGUUGUUGUUCGACGUCAUGACCCUCCGCCAUAUCCAACGUCGGCCAAGCCGCGACCCACGUCACUAGUAUCAGUAGCUUCAAGCACAUCCUCUCUCAAUCAUUCCAAUGGCUUGAUGUCCUCCACAGCAGGCUCACUUAGUUCCCUCAAAACUGAAGAGGUAACCGCCCGAUUUAUUACGACUAGACCACAAAUCAACAUUCUGAAAGCCCAUACCAGUGUAAUUAACGAUAAUCAGAAGCCCAGUUAUGCUGCGCCGACACAUUGCUCGUCGGCUGCGUCCACAUCCGGUUCCAUUUCCAGUCAACACAUGCCGAGUCAUUUCUCCCAGCAUUCCGUACACAACUCACAUUACAUCAGCGGCUCGCAAGUCUCCCUAAAUGGCAAUCACCAUUCUUCGGCUUCGGCAACAAGACAGUCAUCCAUUUCGGCAGCUGCAGUGGCCCAUGCGGCGGCUGCAGCUGCCGUAGGUGUGGGUGCGGGUGUCAUUCCCAGCACCAUUGGUAUACCGAUCGUACCUUACAGCUUGCAUGGGACACACAGCAGCAUGUCAUCGUUACAUCAGCAACCGCCACCACCACCGCCGCCCUAUCCGGAAAUCAAGCAGUCCACACGCACGUGUGUGCUUCUACCAGUGAUUAAGCAUCGGCAGUUUCUGCCUCCGCCACCACCUAACCUACCACGUCAACCUCCGCCACCUCCACCACCAUCUCAACUCGCCGGUGUUUACGGAAAUCAGCUAGCACGCAAACAACUCGAGUUGUACCAACAGCAGCUCUACAGCGACGUAGACUAUGUCAUCUACCCAAUACAAGAUCCUGCUGUGAGUCAACAGGAAUAUCUCGACGCCAAACAGAGUUCAAUAUAUGCAGCCAUGGCACAAUCACCACCGCAACCUCUUUCCCAUCCGCACCCAUACUUGGCAUAUCAUGCCGGCAGAGCUCAUGUGGGAUCCUGGGAUACGUGUAAAGGACAUGCAAUAUAUCGAAGCACACCCUACCUACCAUUAGCCUUAUCCACGCAUUCCCGCUACGCGUCGACACAAAAUCUUUCAGAUACUUACGUGCAAUUACCAAGCACAUACUCGCCGCUCUACAGCCCCUCCAUGGCCAGUUUAUGUUCGUCAUAUGAACCACCGCCACCACCUCCGUUACACCCUUCUACAUUGACUGUGCCUAAUCCGAACAACACAAAUUUAUUCGCGCGCUCGCGAUCGGAUGAUAACAUUCUAAAUUCAAUCGACUCUCUGCCGAAGGUUAAACGCAUGCCACCGCCCCCACCGCCGCCAUACGUGAACCGGCGUUUGAAGAAACCUCCAAUGCCGGCACCAACCGAAAAGCCACCACCAAUUCCCUCAAAACCUAAUCCGACCCAUGUGAUGUCUACAAAAAAUCAAAUAUCAAUGCACCAUCAAUUGCCGCCACGGAAGCCACCCACACUUAAUACGAAUCGCAGUGUGAAUAAUAUGACACGUACAUCCAGUGGUGCACAGUGGGCGGGUGAACGACCAAAACCCAAUCCCAUUUCAUAUAACGGUGGCAGCAUUCUGGCGCAUCUGCAAGCCAGCGCGGCAGCUGCCAAUCGCCAGGCCGCUUCCACAGCAAACACCCACAAAUCGAAAGACAACACCAGCAUCGUUGCCAGCGCCAAUACAAGCGCUGGUCCCGGAAGCAACACAGCUACCAAUCCACUGGAUAUCGCUGUUCUGCGCGAGAAAAGCAAACACAUGGAUUUACCACUCAUCUCUGCGCUCUGUAACGAUCAAUCUCUACUCAAACAAACAAAAGUUUUUGCCAGUUCGAAGACAAAUCGCUUAGUAAUGGCCACAACAUUGCGCAAUGCUUGUGGGCUGUCCACAUCACCCAACGGCCACCGAGUCACGACGUUGUCUACCAAUCACAGCAAUGGUAACAAAACGAUUCAUCAAAGCUUAUCGUCGAAUGCAGGUGCUCUCAUUACAGCCGAGGCAAGCACCGCACCACCUUUGUCACCGUCAGUUCAGGUAUCGGCUACGACGUCGGCAACCACAACAAUGCCAUCGACGAGCACAACGACGCACCCAACAGCCAUCACUACCACAAAGUAUGCAACUUCAGCAACGCCAACACUUCAAUUGGCCUCGGCAAAGGGCCGCAAAGUCGCUGGUAGCCAUCGACAUCCGAAUGACAAGCUACCACCGCUGCCAAUGCAAAUGGCAGAAGCGAAUAACUACGUUAUGGAUCCGGCAAUCACGAAACACCACAAGAGCUAUAACUCCCAAAUGUGAAGGAGAAACGCUAUAGCAGAACAGAGAGACGAAGACAAGAGAUACGAGAGUACAACGUUUGCUCACAUUCUUUGAAGAUGAACCUACUCAACGGCACUAGGCUGAACUAAAUGCAGUUUUCCACAAUUUUUCAGCACACACCACACACAAAUAUUGCACCCCGUCCAUCUCGAAGCCGAAACAAAAGAGGUAUGUCCAUGUCCACAGGCGGUACACAAGAUCUUUUGAGAUUUCUUUUGUUCAGGUGUUGCUUUCUAUUCCUAAACACGAUUCACGCCGAGCCUCGACUAAAAAAAAAAAUUCCGAAUGAAACAAAAAUUGAUCCACACAAAAUGUUUCUUAACGAAAAGAGAAAAGACUUUAAAUUUGCGAAAUAAAAAAUAAUCCCUCACAGUGUUUAGGUGGAGGUGUGAUUUCAAAUGUUUGCUGAGGACUUACUAAAUAGCCAAGUGUGUGCCAAAAAGUUGUUUCUAGGGAAUUCACUGAUAGUAAUCGAAGCGGAAUACAUACCCGUAUAAGGACAUAUAAUCAUAAAUGACAUUUCCCAACUUAAUACAUUUGUAUUUGCGUGUCUCACUGCUUGAAUAUGCGGGCUGUGGUGGUUUAAGGUUGUAUUUCUCUGAAAACUGAAGAAUAUACCCCAUACAGGUUUUGUUCCACACCUAUUAGGCAACCCUUGCCCACACUUUUUGAUAUCCUAUAAGCUUUGUAUUAUACAAAAAAAAACAUAUUUCUUUAAUUUUCUCAUAUGGUAUCACACAUACUCACAUACAUAUGAUGAAGUGUGUACUCGUAUUAGCUGAAAAACAAACAUUCUUGGAAAAUAUGUCCUUGUGCUCUCGAAAGAUAACAAUUUUUAAUGAUUUUAUUGCAAUUAUGGGUGAAUACCCUUUUCCCAAAAAUAGGAGUGUUUUAAGCUUUCACGCUUUUACAAUAUACAAUAUAAUUUUGGAACAAUUUUUGGGAAAAUAAUUUCAAAAAACCACCCUAAUGCGUAUACAUAUGUACGAACAUUUGACCCCGGCGUAUCGAGUAUUCCGAAAGAAUGAGCAAUUUCUAUUGUGUAUUCGAAACUGACCUCAUUUUUCAUGUUGUGAAUUAUUUAACGAAAGCAAAAAAAAAA